AUGAUGUAUUCACCCGCUUUCCUCGGCUUCGAGAACAUAUUUUUGCCAGAAACAGAAUUUCCUUCACGUACCACGCACUUCCCCGGAAUCGAGUUCCCGAAAUCAUUCAAACGGCGUGCCACCUACGAUGAAUAUUGGAAUCAUGCUCUUCAACGGAACAUUGAACAGAAAACAGAAAACGAUAGACCGCAAAUAUGUAGGUGGUUAGGCUUUGACAAGAUUGUUGCGGACAUGGCGGGAACCACCCGCUCCCUGAAUGUCUUCCCUGUGUCGUCGACAAAAAUCGGGUACCGAUAG